AUGUUUUUAAUUACUAUACCAAUAACAACAAUAUUAACAACUGUUGCUAUGCUUAUGCCUUAUUGGUGGUCAUCAGAUACUUUUCAAAUCGGUCUUUGGCGUGCACGUACAUUAUUUUCAUCAUGGAUAACUAUUGAACCAGAAAUUGAUACACAAGAAGGUCGUCUCUUAUUAAUUCUUCAAAUUCUUUCAUUUAUAUCUGUAUUAUUAACAGAUUUAAGUGGUUUAAUUUGGAUAAUAAUUCUUAUACGUCGUAUUUAUCAUACAUCAUUAAAUUUACUUAUAUUUCUUUUUUUCUUAAAUAUUCUAACAUAUUUUUCUUUAUCAAUACUGAUACAUUUUAUAUGGUAUACAACAAAAAAUACAAUGGAGCUUAUUUAUUUAUCAUAUUCAUUCUAUUUAACAUUAAUUAUUAUUUUAUUUCAUACAAUAACACUUAUUAGUUUAACAAUCAAUUUAGCUAAAUAUCGAAUAGAUCAUCAUACAAUUCAACCAUAUCAAUCUAAUGAAAAAAUUUCAUUUGCUUUUAAUGAACUUAUUGUAUAA